AUGGUCACAUGCAUAAUUGACCAAGGGAAUAUCUUGUACCAUUUCUAUAAGAGAAAUGUGUUUCUCUUCGUCACUGUGGUGGGGAACGUGGGUGACGUCAUCAGUAACCUACGUCACGCAAGGACGGAGUUUCAGGCCAGGAUUGACAGGGUGAAGAUGUACCUGAACCACCACAGUGUUCCGGAUGUUCUACAGAAACGUGUGAAGAAAUGGGCGGACUACUCCUGGAACAGGACACAGGCGAUGGAAGAUUCCACGUUCUUGGAGAUGUUGCCAAGGCGCCUGCGCAAAGAGAUCGCCGUCUACACGCCAGGGGACUACGUGUGUAUUAAAAGUGGGGAGAUCGGUAGGGACAUGUACAUCAUCAGUCUUGGCAAACUCAAGGUUUACAUCCAAAACUCUGACACGGACCGACCGCUAGAGGUUGCUACACUGAAGGAGGGCAACUAUUUUGGAGAGAUCAGCCUGCUGAAGCUUGACGAUGGGUGUAACCGCUGCAGCGCAGACGUCGUGUCUGUCGGCUACUCAGAACUCCUUUAUGACGAAAUCAUCUCAGAGAUCAUACUCCAGCUCAAGACGUUGGUCAGUCAGAUGACAAAACGUACGGAAAUGCUGAACCAACGUAACGAGCAGCUACAGGCCACCACCAAGCGGAUAGGUGAGCUGGAGUGGAUGCUACAUGUACAGGGCAGCAGGAAAAAGCGUCGUCGGUCGUCUGUCACAACCCUGACCAGUAGUGACCUCAACACAUUGCUCUCUCCUGAGUACCCGCGGGGAUGUCAGCCCCUUCGUUCAACACGGCGAACCGGGCCAGCAGCGUUACGGCUGGACCAUCUGCGCAGCUGUUUCAGUACGCAAAGUUUACUGGCAGUAGAUAAUGACGACAUGAAUGCAGACCAGGAAGGGGGCAUGGGCAGUGGAAUACAUCAGAACAAUCCGACAGAGAACGUCACUUCCGAGGACGGGAGAACCAUCCCGGAGAUCAGCAUUAACGGCGUCCUACAUCAGGAGCUGUGCGGAUCCCCGAGACCGGGAGACGGACCGUCCUUCUGGGGUGACGAGGAUGACAUGACUCGGCUCAGUGUCUCCAGCGGCAGAAGCCAUGACCCUGCCCGUCAGGGGAUCUGUAGGACGGCGAGCUGCAGCAGUGACCUCUCCAGCAGCAUGUUCAGUGACUCCCUCUACAGUGACACCUGUUACGAUACGGACUAUUCCUUCUACAGGGACUGA